AAUGCCCUGGCCCGGCGGCAAACCUCCCGAGGCGGUGACUGCGCAGGUGCGGCCUGGCGCAGGGGCUGGCGGGACGGCGCUUAGGGCGCAGACAUGUCUGGGGUCCGGGCGGCGGCGCGGCUGUUGCGCUCGCGGCAACGGGUGCUCUGUGGGGCGCAGUGGCCGGCAACAUCACAGUCGGGGUCCCGCGGUUUUCACUUCACUGUUGAUGGGAACAAGAGAUCGUCUGCCAAAGUUUCAGAUGCAAUUUCCACACAGUACCCAGUGGUGGACCAUGAAUUUGAUGCUGUGGUUGUAGGUGCAGGAGGCGCAGGCUUGCGAGCUGCGUUUGGUCUUUCUGAGGCGGGUUUUAACACAGCAUGUGUCACAAAGCUUUUCCCUACCAGAUCCCACACUGUUGCUGCUCAGGGUGGGAUCAAUGCUGCUCUAGGGAACAUGGAGGAGGACAACUGGAGGUGGCAUUUCUAUGACACAGUGAAGGGUUCAGACUGGCUGGGAGACCAGGAUGCCAUCCACUACAUGACAGAGCAGGCCCCUGCCUCAGUGGUGGAGCUAGAGAAUUACGGCAUGCCGUUCAGCAGAACUGAAGAUGGGAAGAUCUACCAGCGCGCCUUUGGCGGACAAAGCCUCAAGUUUGGGAAGGGCGGGCAGGCCCACCGUUGUUGUUGUGUGGCUGACCGCACUGGCCACUCCUUGCUGCACACCUUGUAUGGACGGUCUCUGCGGUAUGACACCAGCUACUUCGUGGAGUACUUUGCCUUGGAUCUGCUCAUGGAGGGUGGAGAGUGCCGUGGUGUGAUCGCACUUUGCAUUGAGGAUGGCUCCAUCCAUCGCAUUAGAGCCAAGAACACCGUCAUAGCAACUGGAGGCUACGGGCGCACAUACUUCAGCUGCACAUCUGCACACACCAGCACGGGAGACGGCACCGCCAUGGUGACCAGGGCUGGCCUUCCCUGCCAGGACCUGGAGUUUGUGCAGUUCCACCCCACAGGCAUAUAUGGAGCUGGUUGUCUCAUCACGGAAGGAUGCCGUGGAGAGGGAGGCAUUCUCAUCAACAGCCAGGGCGAGCGCUUCAUGGAGAGAUAUGCCCCUGUGGCCAAGGACUUGGCAUCCAGAGACGUCGUGUCUCGGUCCAUGACCCUGGAGAUCCGGGAAGGAAGAGGCUGUGGCCCUGAGAGAGACCACGUUUACCUGCAGCUGCACCACCUGCCUCCGGAGCAGCUGGCGAUGCGCCUGCCUGGCAUCUCGGAGACAGCCAUGAUCUUCGCCGGCGUGGACGUCACCAAGGAGCCCAUCCCCGUCCUGCCCACCGUGCAUUAUAACAUGGGUGGCAUUCCCACCAACUACAAGGGCCAGGUUCUGAAGCACGUGAAUGGCCAGGACCAAGUUGUGCCUGGGCUGUAUGCCUGCGGGGAGGCUGCCUGUGCUUCUGUGCAUGGUGCCAACCGUCUGGGGGCAAACUCACUCUUGGACCUGGUGGUUUUCGGCCGGGCAUGUGCCCUGAGCAUUGCAGAGUCCUGCAGACCUGGAGAUAAAGUGCCCUCAAUCAAACCAAAUGCUGGGGAGGAAUCUGUCAUGAAUCUUGACAAGCUGAGGUUUGCUGAUGGGAGUAUAAGGACGUCAGAGCUGCGGCUCAGCAUGCAGAAGUCGAUGCAGAACCAUGCUGCCGUGUUCCGUGUGGGAAGUGUGCUACAGGAAGGCUGCGAGAAGAUCAGCCAGCUCUAUGGGGACCUGAGGCACCUGAAGACCUUUGACAGGGGGAUGGUGUGGAACACAGACCUCGUGGAGACUCUGGAGCUGCAGAACCUGAUGCUCUGUGCCCUGCAGACUAUCUAUGGGGCAGAGGCCCGCAAGGAGUCUCGGGGCGCACAUGCCCGCGAAGAUUACAAGGUGCGCAUUGAUGAGUACGACUACUCCAAGCCCCUCCAGGGGCAGCAGAAGAAGCCGUUUGCGGAGCACUGGAGGAAGCACACACUAUCCUUCGUGGACAUCCCGACAGGCAAGGUCUCACUGGAAUAUAGACCGGUCAUUGACAAAACUUUAGAUGAGGCUGACUGUGCCACCGUGCCCCCAGCCAUCCGCUCCUACUGAGGAGCCAGCCCCACCCACAUGGUCAGUCUCGUGAAGGCCUACACGUGUUCCUGUCGCAGUCCCCAGCCCUCUGGUGCAGAGCUCCGAAGAACACGGUCAUCCACAGUGGCCAGGAAGCAUUAAACCUUUAUCCCUGCCUUAUGCCUGUGAAGUAGUAAAACAGCAUGGUUCUUAAAUAAAAUAUAAAUUACAGAUCCA